UCAGAGCUUGACUGUUCACUCUCUAGUUGGUUCGUUAAGCACAACACUAACAGCCCAAGGAUUAUUUUUAUUGCAAAUUCUGAAGCAGAACAUGCUCAUUCAAAUUAUACAACUUUUACUGCUGUUUUCAGGUGCUGAUUGUUGUGAUCCAAAAAAUGCUUUGUUCAUUACAACUCCAAGUCCAAUGGAGGCUCUGAGUGGCUCCUGUUUGUGGAUCCCAUGCACCUAUAAACCUGCAUCUCCAUAUGACAUAAACACUGCAAACCCUGUCACUGGGAUUUGGUUGAAACAUAAUACAGAUUUAAAUAAUAGGUUUUCAGUCAGUGGAGACCCCAGUAAGUCUUAUCCCAUGAAUAUCACUGGGAACCUGAAAAACAAAAACUGCACCACAAUGUUUUAUGAUUUAAGCAAAAUCCAUGAAGACGACUAUUACUUCAGAGUAGAGAACAUUGAUUUUAACGCUUUUGCUGCUUGUGACCCUCUUCAAAUAACAGUCAGAGACUCUCCCUGGAGCCCCACAGUAAAAGUCUCUGGUAAACAGACAGAGACAGAGGUGGUGACUAUAACCUGCUCAGCUGUCACUCCCUGUCCACACGCCCCUCCUCAGCUCACAUGGGACCUCCACCAAGACACUGUCCACAUCACAGAGAACAACACAGACGGAACAUUUACCACUAAAAUCACACAGAACAUCACUCUGACAGACGCCCAUGAUGGACUAAUGAUAAAGUGUAAAGCAUCGUAUCCUGUGAGUGGAGGAUUCAACAUGGCCGACAGUAACGUCACUCUCAGUGUCUCAUAUGGUCCUAAAAACACCUCUGUUGGGGUCAGUCCGUCCGGUUCACUGUCAGCAGGUCAGUCAGUGACACUGAGCUGCUCCAGCAGAGCCAAGCCUCCUGUCCACCUCUUCACCUGGUUCAGACACAGCUCACAGGGACCAGUCAAUGUCAGCCAGGGACACACGUACAGCUUCAACUUCACUGAAGAGGGACAGUACUAUUGUGUGGCCUCAAACACACUUGGAAAUGAAUCCUCUCCAGACAUUACACUAAGUACAACAGAGCCUGUGCCUGAGCCCUGUGUUGUGACUUGGAUUGGCACAUACAACAUAGUGCAGCUCUGUGGGAUUAUACUGCUCUACAGCUCCCUGGUCAUUUUUGAAUGCUGGUUUAGAGCAACUUAUUCCAAGAAACAGGAACAGAGACCAGAGGCAGCAGCAACUGUCAAUUGUGCCGUUGUAAAUCAAUCUUAAAACCAUAUGUGUUUACUUGUUUAUGUUGUAUUUUAUCAUGUACCUGCAAUCCAAUCAGUUUAUACUGAAUAUGAAUUAUGCAUUUAUAUGGCAGUAAGUUAAUGCAUGUCUAUUCCAGGUCAAUGCUUAAAAACACUUGAUAUUGUGUAUUUGCCAACAAAGUAGUUUGCCGCCCCCUGAUUUCAUGCUAUCACUGAUCACAUUAUUUAGAACUUUACUUGCAUUUCAUUUAGUUUUAUGGUCUUAUUAUAUUCAAUAAAUGUGUGAAUAAAAUGUCUUGUGUUUAUUAAAGUACAUUGAUACUUUU